AUGGCGCUGGUGCUCUCAGAGAGUACCGAGGACAAGGUGAACGAAUCGUGCGACGCCUCAAAUGGCCAAGGGUGCCAACGCCGCCUCACAGAGCAAGACGACGGGCAGCAAGACGUUCCUCCUGAGUUCGUGCCGACACAUGAGUGGCAGGACAUUUUACCUAACCAAGUGAUCCCGCCGGUAGCCACACGUUUGCUAACUGCAGUACGUGUGCGCGCGCACUUCGACGAGCGAGCCUCGGGCGGCAAAUGCACGCUCGUGCCGGUUAGGAGGAGGCAAGGAGCGGUGAACAGGAACGCAGCAGCAGCUCCACCCAUGUUCGAGCCGACCCACGAGUGGAAGGAAAUCCUUCCUAACCAAGUCCUCCCAGCGGGUCUCCACAUCCGCGUGAACCUGCAGACCGGCAAAAAGGAGGCCAAGCUGCUCGACUAA